AUGGCUUCUUCCACGUCCCGCGUCUCGAACACCUCCAACAACACAUACGUCAUGUCCAGAUCGCCGACCAAGAAUGGCAGACGUCGAACCGGCGAACCGUACAUGCCCAAGAUCAUAACGACCGUGGGACAGCGCCCAGCGUGCCUCGUCAAUGCUUCGGUCACUUACGUCGGCAACGACCUCAUAUACGCUUUCGGCGGCUUCGAUCAGUACACCGACGAAGUCUACAACCACGUACUCAAACUGAAUCUUUCCGCGCGACAAUGGAGCCUGGUGGAUAACUAUGGAGACAUCCCAGGCGUUCGCAUGGGCCAUACGUCGUGUCUGUGGCAGGGCGACAAACUAUUGGUGUUUGGAGGAGAGAACGAGCAUCGCAUACAUCUCUCCGAUGUAGUAAUAUUCGACAUUACGACCGCGCAUUGGACACAACCUGAUAUCAAUGGGCCCAUACCGAGAGGCAGAGCCAGGCAUUCUGCCGUGAUUCACGAUGACAAGCUGUUCAUUUGUGGUGGAAUGAGCGGCAGUGAGAAUGGUGUCCUUGACGACAUCUGCUACUUGGACUUGAAGACUUGGACGUGGAGUCGAACAUGGCGAUUUGUCCCGCGCUUCGAUCAUUCAAGUUGGGUCUGGGGAGGCAAGAUCUGGGUGAGCGGAGGAAUGGGCGAGGAGAUGGAGCGGACAAACGAGAUUUGGUGGCUCGACUUUCGAGGAUCUCCGGCCUUCGAGCCAGGACCGACAUACGGCAUAGCUGGGUCAGAAGAGGGUCGACCUCUUGGCGAACGCUAUACCAGCUACCAAUUUGGCGGUCAAGGCUCUGGCUCAACCAGCGGCGGCUAUGCUGCAAACACGAGCAGUGUCCAGUCCAACUCAGCAACCCAAAUCCAACGCUCACCACCCCUCGCGCCAGGCGCCAUCAACUGUGUCAAGUUCAUCUCCUCUCCAACUCUGCCCAUGCAGAAUGUCGGCACGCACUUCCAUGUGUUCAGCUCUGGCUGCAUGCUUGACUUCGUCACACCCGCCACCAACAUGCCCCUUGAAACCGCACUGUAUGCCCUCGAUCUUGACAGCCUACGAUGGCAGAAGCUGGCAGACGGCAAGGACCUCUUCAAUCCAACGUAUCGAUGGCAUUACUGCUGUCUGGAUGCCGACGGGACACACGCAUGGCUGUUGGGAUGUCCACGAGAGGUCAGAGGCAAUGGCAACGGCGAUGCGGAAGAGUAUCUGUCUGAUGUUCUUCCAAUCGACCUGCGAAAGUUUGGGCUCCUGGGUAAUAAGAUGAGCCAAGAAGCUCGCAACGAGCAGAAGGUGCCCACAUCAGAUUCAAACCCAACGUCACAUCUCUCAGCUAUCGGCGCAGAUCUGGCGCGGACGUUCAACCAGCCUCCGGAAUCUGGCUCUGGUACUGACUUCACCAUCACUGCCCUGAGGGAUGACAUAUACGACAUCGAUUCCAUCUCUGAUGAUGGUCCAUCAUCGCCAGGCAUGGUCGAUGGAUCUGAGAGCAACAACACUUCACAACCGAUCCACGUUCAUCGUCUCAUCCUAAGCGCCCGCUGGCCGCACUUCUCUCGUCUCUACAACGCUCAAAUGUCGGAGUUCCACACCCGCCGCAUGCACAUCCCAGAACCCUAUCCUGCCGUCAAGGCAUUCCUUUACUACCUCUACACUGACUCCAUCUCCAGCCCGCCAGCAGAGAGUAAUGAUCUCACGGGGCCAACCCUCGAAGAUGUCGCCAACAUGCUGGUCAUGAGCAACAUCUACGACAUGCCUCGCCUCCGACACCUCUGUGUCAACCGACUUGUGCGAGAUCUCGAUGUGCAGCACGCCGCACUCAUCUUCGACCGAGCAAAUACUGCGCAAGAGGAUUGGCUGAAGCGACGAGCCGCCAGCUUCUGCAUGACACAUUGGGGCCGUAUCGUCAGGACAGACGGAUUCAGGAGACUGAAGCGAUCGGCCAUGCUCGAGCUUUGUGAGGGAGUCGACGCUGAGGGUCGUGUCGUCGGUGGAGACGAACUCGAAGCUGUGGGCGGACUUGGUGGUGCACGUCUUGGCAGCGGUAUGGGAGUUCUUUGGGGUAAUGGCAGAAAGAGAGGACGACUGGGUAGCACAAGUGGGACUACUGUCGAUGGCGAUGCCGAUGAGGGUGAGACAGAGAUGGAGGGAGACGACGAGGGUAUGGAGCUGUCGUGA